GAUCCUUUAUAUAUAAACACUUACGUUAGUGGUUGACGAGCAUUGCGAUUUUUAGCGGAAUAAGUUGUUGGAGUGAGUAAAAAGAAGUGAAUCUAGGUAAAAGAAAAAAAAAAGCAGAAGAGACGAGAAAGAGUGAGGAAAUAGGGCAAAAACAACGCUGGCGCUAGCAUUUCUAAUAACAAUUCGAGAAACCUAUUCACAACUAACAUUAUGAACAACUCUAAUCAGAAUAACACGAUGAUUCAGAAUGAUAAUCGCGGGAACACGAAUCAGAGCAUUUCUAAUUCCAUAGCCCCCGAAAGGCCUACAACCAACAGAAGGUGCGGAAAUUGCAAAGAAGAAGGUCAUACGAGGACCAAUUGUCCUGUUGUAAAAAUGGGCGAAGGUUGCAAAAGAGAAGGUCAUACGAGCACCAAUUGUCCUGAUGCAUGAAAGUGCGGAAUUUCCAGAAAAGAAAGCAAUGUAUCAUACGAGG